GUGCUCUUUCAGAAUUCGAUUAUUAAUCAACCAGUCAAUAUUCUCAUGUCAAAUCUAGCUAGAGUCAUUCAAAGGCUUAUAAUCAUCUCAAUAUGUCAAUACCAUAUCAUCCUAAGAAUACUUGUAGCUGUUCUAUAGCAAAAUAAAGAAAGCGUUUUCUAAGGGGUUUCGUGGUGAAAAUCUUGGCAUUUUUGAUCGACUUCUGCUUGGUCAGCAAUCACCAAAAUCCGUUGAGAGGGGCCUGUGUCAACACGACGCAUUAUGUGAGUGUCCCGAGCUACAUCCAUGUUUUGAACUGUGACCCCUGAAAGUAUCAGAUGAGGGAUAGACAACUUUGAGCUUGUCUGCCAUCAAGCAAGAUUGUCAAAAUGGCAGAAGCUAAAUUGGAGGUCGCAAAACACAUCAAGUAUUGGCAGAGAUGUUUACAUUCUCUCUUGCCUACUGUAUAUACCAGUACAGAUUCCUCGCGCUUGACUCUUGGCUUCUUCAUCCUUUCCGCUCUCGAUUUACUUAAUGUUGGCGCAUCUACGUUUUCAGAUUCGCAACGCAGAGCUAUACGAGCUUGGAUACUGAAGUGCCAACAUCCGUUUGGGGGGUUUUGCGGUUCUACUAAUCAUAGGUUUCCUGAUGUUUAUUAUGCAGAUGUAGGGAAUGGGAAACGAGAUAUCGAUCCUGCGAAUUUACCUGCGACGUUUUUUGCGAUCUUGAGUUUAGGUUUUGUGGGGGGCUUGAAGGAUGUGAAAAGGGAAGAGUGUUUGCGAUGGCUGAAGCGACUGCAGAGGGACGAUGGGAGUUUUGGGGAAUUCAUUACGGAAGAUGGGAAAAUACAAGGUGGGACAGAUAUGAGAUAUUGCUAUGUGGCUACAGCGAUUCGAUGGAUGUUGACUGGAGAUGCGCAUGAGGAGAGGGGAGAGGAUGAUAUUGACGUGGAGAAAUUGGUGGGACAUUUAAGAGCUGGGCAGACAUAUGAUGGGGGCAUUUCAGAAAGUGCGCAGCAUGAGGCGCAUGCUGGGUACACCUAUUGUGCCAUUGCCUCCUUGUCCCUUCUCGAUCGACUGCCAAAAUACCCCUCUUCACAACCUACCGAAUCAUCAAAUGCAAACCCCGCUUUACCUGGUCUCACAAACUUGCCGGAAACUAUCAGAUGGCUGGCAUUGAGGCAGACAUCGUAUAACGAAGAAGAGGAAGGAGAUGAAGAUGGCCAUAAUGAAGCGACAUCGGACCAUCACUUUGUACCGGAUGUCGACUCUACAUUCGUUGGUUUCAAUGGGCGGUGCAAUAAGCGGGUUGAUACUUGUUAUUGUUUUUGGGUUGGGGGUUCUUUGAGCAUGCUCGGUCGCUCCGAUGUUAUCAACAGAGAUGGAUCCCGAAGAUUCCUGUUUGAGAAAACACAACAUAUGAUUGGUGGUUUUGGGAAAACGCCUGGAGAUCCACCAGAUAUCUAUCACUCAUAUCUAGGUCUUGCUGCUCUAGCAGUACUGAAAGAACCUGGCAUUAAGGAACUCGACUCCGCAUUGUGUAUCAGUGUGGAUGCUAAGAAGAACAUAGAAGAGCUAAGGAAAGCUGCAUUAGUUCCUUCUAGGACGUAUUGGGUGCAUGGAUACAGUUUCACAGUACGGGAAGAUAGCCCCGAAUUUGGAGAAAAGAUGGCAAUGGACGAAGGUCCGCCGAAAAGUCUAAUAAACGCUUUUGAGGGUGUUAAGAUAGCGGCAUAAUAACGGCGUAGUAAUUCUUGGCUGGGUGUUUCUGUAGUACUAUUUUAAUGAUACCACCCAAGUUCUUAUCUUUGACAAAUGUAUCA